CAUGGAAAAAAAUUAUAAAAAUACUAGUUCAGAAGCACUGAAUUUGAAAUAAUAAUUAUAGAAAAGUUGGUUGACUUGUUCAAGUCGUUCAUAAGAUUCCAGUUCCAGUUUUGAGUGAAAAUCCAAGAAUAAUGAACAGCCUUUUACUAGAAGAAAAAUGAACGAAUGAAUGAUAAACUCAGUAGAAAGAGAAGGAAUGUCUUUUAGUUUAUAACAAGUAAAGCGAUACCCAUGACUCCUUCCUUUCCAAGUAAGACGCCAGCCCCUGUCUGUAUAAUUAUUCACCAAAAACCCCCAAUACGAAAACUCCCACUUUGUUUCAUUCAUUCAUUUUCAUCAAACACAUUUCAUAAACCAAAUUCAUCGACGAUAAUAACUGAUAAAGAGAAAUAGAAACUCAAACAUGAGCAAAGGGAAGGUGGGUUUGGUUGUUUUGUUAAUUUUAUCUGUGGUUUUGAAGUUUUCUUCAGCUACACCAACAUCCUCAUCGUUGAUGAAAAGCGCUGGAUCAUCCCUUUUAUUCCCAGUUCAUGGCAAUGUGUAUCCUUCUGGGUACUAUAAUGUGACCCUUCACAUAGGACAGCCAGCAAAGCCUUACUUUCUUGAUAUUGACACUGGGAGUGAUCUCACAUGGCUCCAAUGUGAUGCACCCUGUGUGCAUUGCGCUGAGGCACCUCAUCCUUAUUACAAACCCAACAAUGAUCUUGUGGUCUGUAAGGACCCAAUUUGUGCAUCUUUAUUUGAACCUGGUGAGCAUAAGUGCCCCCAUCCAGAGCAAUGUGACUAUGAGGUUCAGUAUGCAGAUAGUGGUUCAUCUCUUGGUGUCCUUGUCAGGGAUGUUUUUGCCUUCAAGUAUAUAACCGGAGUCAGAAUUAAUUCUCGCUUAGCCCUUGGAUGUGGAUAUGAUCAACUUCCAGGUCCGUCUAAUCAUCCCUUGGAUGGAAUACUUGGCCUUGGCAAGGGAAGUUCCAGCGUUCUUGCACAGCUUCACAGUCAGAAUUUAGUCCGAAAUGUAAUUGGCCACUGUCUAAGUGGACAAGGUGGAGGAUUCCUCUUCUUUGGAGAUGACAUUUAUGAUUCUUCACGUGUGGUUUGGAUACCAAUGUCGCCUGAUUAUACAAAACACUACUCUCCUGGAGUUGCAGAACUCAUUUUUGGUGGGAAAACUUCUUUGAUAAAGAAUCUACUAACAAUUUUUGACAGUGGGAGCUCUUACACUUACUUCAAUCAUCUGGCUUAUGACGCUUUGACCUCUGUGAUGAAGAAAGAAUUAACUCGAAAGCCCUUGAAAGAAGCACCAGAAGACCAGACACUGCCACUUUGCUGGAAAGGCCAGAAACCAUUUAAAAACACUCGUGAUGUUAAGAAAUACUUCAAGCCCCUUUCCCUGAGCUUCUCGAAUGGCAAAACUAGAACUCUGUUUGAACUAACCCCUGAAGCCUAUCUCAUAAUAUCAUCAAAGGGAAACGUAUGCUUGGGAAUCCUAAAUGGAACUGAAAUUGGGCUGGGAGAAAUAAACCUCAUUGGAGAUAUUUCAAUGCAAGACAAAAUGGUGAUUUAUGACAAUGAGAAGCAGAUGAUUGGAUGGAUCCGUGCCGACUGUGAUCGGCUUCCCAGAUCCAAAUUGGAUAAUAUUUGAUCAGUGUGAAAGAUGCAAUGGUCCUCUACUAUGAAUUAGUAGCUUCAAUUACAAAGCAUUAUCAUACAAGAAGAGUGAAUGUGUAUAAAUAAUGAAGGGGAUGAGUGUUGCAUUCUUCUCUUGGUAAAUUGCAGGUAUAUUAGCUUAAAAUAUGUAUUUACUGGAAUUGGGGUUUAGGAAUUGUAUAAAGACAAUACCCUAACAAGUCUAGAAAAUGUAGGUAAGUUAUGCAGUAAUUAGUCAUGUAAUACCGCUUCAAGGCACAUAUUCUCACUCAGCGACAGGAAAUGAUUGGAUUCUUUCUUUCA